CGGCCCCCAUUUUUCUCUGUUCUUCCGUGUUUUGUGCCCCGUGGCGUUUAGUUCCCACGUUUGUUUUGUGGAAAUAAUGAUUAUUCUCACAAUUUAACACAGUGAACAUUAGCAUAGCUACCAAGGUGGCAUAUUUUUGUGGUCGAGAUGAACGAACUGGAUUGGCGACGACACAUUUGCAUAUUUCUAAAGAAUCUGAAUAUUAACAACAAACUGUCCUAGAAAUGCAUCAUGACUGCAAGAGAUGCGUGACUUCCCUGCACUCUACACUUGUAGUUUCCCUUUUACAUGGAAAUUGUAUAACUGUGUGUUGCCUGAAGUCCACGUAGAUGUGUAAUGGAUUUAUUCCAUGUGUAAAGUGAGGUUUUGCCAUAGCAGAAAUGAGGAGGCGUGGUUGAUCGACAGCACCCAGUCUCUCCGCUAUGCCCAGGCGAGGGCUGCCUCUGCAGGGCCGGGUGCGCUGGCUCCUCCUGGGUAUAUUCUUGCUAUUUGUGUUGCUUUUCUUUGCCUACCUGCUGGAAUGCACCCCUCCUGCAGAUGUAAGUCAUGUGUUGCCUGGCCUUGGAGGAGAGCCUUAUGGGAAAGAAUAUUACCAGGCCCUGCUGCAGGAACAAGAGGAGCGGCACCUCAGUCGAGCUGCCAGCCUCAAGAGACAGAUCGCACAGCUCAAGCAGGAGCUACAGGAGAUGAAUGACAAGCUGAAGACCCUGCAAGAGAAGAAAGAGAGCCCUGGACCACAGGGUCUGGUUGAUGGCAAAGAUCAGGAACCGAGCGACCUCCUGGAGUUUUUGCAUUCUCAGAUUGAUAAGGCUGAGGUGAGUACUGGGGCAAGGAUACCCAGUGAGUAUGCUUUAGUGCCCUUUGAGAGCUUCACCACUACUAAGGUUUACCAGCUGGAGAUGGGCCUGACUCGGCAUCCUGAGGAAAAGCCUGUACGCAAGGAUCGGCGAGACGAUCUGGUAGAGGUGAUUGAGGCAGGCCUUGAUGUUAUUAACAACCCUGACGAAGAGGAUGGUCAGGAGGAUGACAUGCCCAUGCAGAGACAGACUUUCACAGAGAGCCAUUUUGUUGAGGGGCUUUACAGGACUGAGCGAGACAAAGGCACACUGUAUGAACUGUACUUUGCGAAGGAGAAUUCCCAAGAAUUCCGUCACGUCACUCUCUUCCGUCCCUUUGGUCCCCUGAUGAAAGUCAGGAGCACAUCUGUGGACACAGCCAGCACAAUCAUUAACAUUAUAGUGCCUCUGUCAGGCAGAACUGAAGCUUUUGUUCAGUUCCUACACAACUUCAGGGAAGUUUGUAUACUGCAGGACAAGCGAGUGCAUCUCACGGUAGUCUACUUUGGAGAAGAGGGUUUGCAAGAGGUGAAGUCAUCCUUACGAAAAAUGUCCAGUGAGGAGAGCUUCACCAACUACACUCUUAUCCCUGUGGAUGAGGAGUUUUCACGUGGAAGAGGGCUGGACAUUGGCGCUCAUGCAUGGACAAAAGGGAAUGAUGUGUUGAUGUUCUUCUGCGAUGUAGAUAUUUACUUCACACUUGAAUUUCUCAGCACGUGUCGUCUGAAUACAACACCAGGCAAGCGAGUCUUCUACCCGGUAGUUUUUAGUCUGUACAAUCCUGCCAUAGUAUAUGGAAACCUUGAAUUGCUUCCUCCCAUUGAACAUCAACUGAUUCAUAAAAAAGAUGCUGGAUUCUGGAGGGACUUUGGAUUUGGAAUGACUUGUCAGUAUCGUUCUGAUUUCCUCAGCAUUGGAGGAUUUGAUCUUGAAGUGAAAGGUUGGGGAGUAGAAGAUGUCCACUUAUACAGAAAGUAUCUGCGGAGUGACCUGAUAGUGAUGCGCACUCCUGUAUCAGGUCUGUUCCACCUAUGGCAUGAGAAGCUGUGUGCAGACGAACUGACUCCAGAACAGUAUCGUAUGUGCAUCCAGUCAAAGGCCAUGAAUGAAGCCUCUCACUCUCACUUAGGCAUGUUGGUGUUUCGUGAGGAAAUAGAAAACCACCUUCGCAAACAGGCCUACAAGACUCAAAGCAGGGCAGAGGAUUGAGGCGGUUGUUGAACCUGCUGAAAAGUAAGCACACUGUGUCAGUGGACUACUGUUGUGCGAAAUAGCCAAUUGAGAUUCGUCCAGAUAUUUUUAGAUCAAUAUUCUGUCUGAACUAAUGCAGAACUUAUAUCUGAAAUAAUCCAUGGAGUAAAAAUAAACCCUAGGAUCCACAGACAGACAAAAUAUGGGUGGGAAACCAUACGUACUGAAGUGCUUUAUAUGGACUUUUGAAAGCUGCGGACUUGACUGUGAUUUCUCAUGUGAAAUCUCUAUAACCGGUCAGUUUACUUUUGUUACUUGAGUGUUAAUGGAUAUAAAAAGACUGUUGCUGUUGGUGCUUUUAUAUUCAAGCACAUUAUACUUGGCCUAAUAUAGGCAACUAUCAGUUCCCCACUCAGUUUUUUUUUUAUUUUUUAAUUUUAGUUUUUCUUAAUGGAGCCAUACUGUUACAUUUUUUAUUUAGUUAAAAAUGCGCUGUGAAAAAGGGUCCAGAGUUCGUAAAUGUUGAUGCAGCUGAAAGAGACAAUCAGAGUGGAUGUUAACAAAAAAGGAAUGUUAUGGAACAAGUCAACUAGUAACUGUUUUUUGUACUGAACUUCCCCAACCCUUUCUUCUGUAUCGUUUUGAGCAUGACCAAUGACUAUUCAGCAAGUGUCAAUUUUAGCCUUUGCACUGUGUUUAAUGACACCAUUUAGUGUCACUUGUUUUAGUUCAGCCAACUGUAGAUAGUCAAAUCUUUGACUCAUCGGUUCCUUAAAGCUGGUUUAGAAUCUAGAAAGUGAUUCUCACAAAUCACUUAGUUUCCACUGAGGAUAUGUCCUCAGCUCAUACUGUUAACAAUAAAGGGACGUAAACAGGACUGACAGCUACAGAGUCUGAAAAGUAUGGAACUGCAUGUUACAAUGGUGAAUUUUUUUCAAAAAAAGUAAAUAAAUAAAUGAAGAGCAGGCUGCCUUUCAGUGUUGUGUUGACUCUAGUUUGUCAUUGUUCCUGAGUGGUCAUAGUAUAAAU